CUUUUCUUUUUAACUGAAACAGCUGCAUGUGGAAAGCGUGUCGCUCAGUCGUCCCGCGUGGUAAACGGUGAAGAAGCCACACCCAAUUCAUGGCCGUGGCAGAUUUCUCUCCGCUACAGAGAUUACCCAGACGACGGUUCUUACGGUCACGUCUGUGGCGGAUCACUAAUUGAGAAGGACUGGGUUUUGACAGCAGCUCAUUGUGUGGAAUAUGAUCCCUAUCCUACUGCAUUCAAAGUCACUGUUGCGGAAGUAUUGCAACAAGCAGUGCUUCCAGUGGCGGAUCACAAAACAUGCCGUGAAAAAAUGAAAGUCGUGAGAAAGGUUCACAAAGGUCCUAUGUUGUGUGCUGGAGGCCAGGGCAAAGGAGGUUGUCAGGGAGAUAGCGGAGGACCUCUUGUUUGUGAAGAAAAUGGCAAGUGGGUUUUGCGAGGUGUAGUCAGUUGGGGAAAUGACAUGUGUAUCACGGAGUAUUUCACUGUGUUUGCUCGUGUCUCCCACUACUUGAAGUGGAUAGAGACAAACAAGAUGUCCUGAUGGAUGAAAAAACAUAACAGAGAUCUUCCCGUCAGGAGAUUUCAGAACCACCUGGUUUAGAGCUAGAACCUAGAAUGACCUAGAAGACAACAAAAGGAGAAAUAGCAGGGGAGACAUUAUUUUGGGGAUCUCUAAAUUAUCUGACGAGAGGAAAAGAAAUCAGCUUAAAUUGAAUAAACUGGGUUAUUGUCAAUAAUGUUGUCAGUUGUAUUAUUUUUGCGUUGUUCGUUUCGACAUCUAUUGCGCGGGGAUGAUGUAUGAGGCCAUGGGGGAAUGAAUUUGUGAGCGUUAGCCCAGUGCUCGAUCAAGCCAUUAUUUACCAAGCGAGUGAUACAUUGCUUUUCAAGAGCCGUUAUGUUUAAAGUGUGUUCCGUUUGUUGCCAUAAUAAAGCGCGCCCUGAUUGGC